CUUUCCCAGGCAGAAGCGGAACUCCGGCACAAGUGUCGUCUUCUGGAAGACGCACAGCAGCUACAACAUGGCAGCGGCAAAUGGACAGGGAUCGGAGGAGUUGGAUCGCCCACAUCCAUGACCAACGGCGGUUCCACCACUGAUUACGGGUCGCUGACGCCAGACGACUACCGCAGCCUGGACGUGUUGCGUGAUGAGAUCGAUAUGAAAGCGGCAGAGAAACAACGACUACAGAAGAGGAUGGCUGAGUUGCGAGCCGACCGCGAUCGGUUGGCCGAACUACUCGAACUCAAAGAUCGCCAGCUAGCCGAGUGCCGAGCUGAGGCGAACCAUUACGAGCACAGGGAGAUCGAACAGGACCGCCACCGGUUGCGCAGACAGUUGGCACAGUCAAAGGCCGAGUGCGAGCAACGGUGCCAUGAGCUGCAGGCCGAUCUCAGAGACCUGCAGGCGGUGCUCGACAGCCGGGAACGUCAGCUGCGCGAGGCGGACAAACAGAAACGAGCCGUGGUCCGAGAGCUUACGGACCAGAAUGGCAGGUUGCAGUCGCACAUCAGAGAG